AUGGGCGCAGGCGCUUCCGCUGAGUCCAAGGACAUCGCAGGCAAGUUGGAAGAGAAGGAAUUGAAAGAAUUCCUGAAGAACAUGGAUGCUGAGACUGCCAUGAAGCUCUCCAAGGCCAUGGAUGCUGCAGGCACUAAAGGAGACAGCAUGACCCGUGCGAUUUGGCUUUGGGGCGAAGACGUGGCGAAAGACUUCAUCGAAGAAACCGAAAUCCAAACCAAAGUGCCUGAGAAGUUGGAUGGAAAGAUGUUGUUGCUGGGCGAGGGAGAGUGGGAAAGUGAGGAAGACAAAGAAAAGGUGGACAAACUCUUGAUGAAGACUGCCUAUAGGUUUGCUCAGGACCAAUGCACCUCUGAGAAGCCUUUUGUCCCUCCUGCUGCUUUGAAAAAGCGAGCGGUUUGGUACUGGGAUGAGAAGUUCGUGAAGGAAUUCUUCGAAGAAGUCUUCUGCGAUGAAUACUAUGAGCAGGGUGGGGGUGGAUCUUCGGAAGACAAGGAGAAGGAGCUAAAGACGGUUGAGACUCCAAAAUGUGAUGGGAAGAAGACUCUCAUGGCGACGGAGGGCGAGAAGCUGGAUGCAACCGCCAAGGAGUGGCUCAAGACUGCCAUUGGUCGUACCACCUAUUUGCUGAUGCAAGACAUCUUGCUGAACUGA